AUGGCUGCCAUGCACUACAACGCUCAGAUGAUCUCUGAGGAAUUGCAGCACACAAGACACCUCUACAGUAUCCAGCACAGACUCCAAGAUCCCGGUUCGUCCCCAAAGUCCGAGGGACCAAAAUCCCCUCAGGAAAUCAACUUUGCAAGAUCCCCAGGUCUAGAAGACAAGCCAAGAAUCAUUAGGUAUUCAGAAAAUCAAGAAACAGGAUUACCCAUACAAAAAAUGUUUGCUGAAAACCGAAAUAUCUUCCCAGAAGAAACAAUGAAAUUCAUGGAGGAUAUUUCUGUAACUAGAUUUCGUGAUCCCUCGCCAGGAAGCUUUCCUCCGAAUCAACAACACAACACUGGGAAGACAUCGUUCUGCAUCGAUGCUCUUCUGGGAAGAGUUACUUCUAAAAAUGAUCAUCAGAAGUCCAGAAAUCACAGAGUAGGCGUUGAGAUACUUGAUGACGAAAAAGAAACAAAUCUCCAGAAUCCAGAGAGUGAGAGAAGAAUUUUGGGUAAUCCUUUACAUCAAUUUCAACAGCAUAUUGUCAGAUCGGAAGAUGAUGAUAUGAGGAACAGAAGACGGGAUGCUGAUCGUCGUCAAUUCACGAUUAUGAGAAAUGAUUCGACUUCUAGAAAUCAGUUUCGGUCCAUUCCGGAUGAUGGGGAUAAUAGUGGAAGGUACAGGAACAAUAGAGUGGACGAUGAUGAGGCCUCUGUGGAUGUGGAUGCUGAGGUUGAUCCUUCCAGAACAGGAAGUGCCAGUCCGGGAAGCAAUACUAGUCGGAGUCCAGCUUCUAGCCCACCUAUUUCGCCGGGUUCGGAAGACCCUACGGGGAAUGUGAUUUUGGGUCAUCAGAAUUUAGCUGGGAAUCCUUAUGGCGUGGGUGCGGGAGUGGUGAGACAAAAUCAGGGAUUGUUGUUACAUCCUGGAGGUCCUCUUAUCCAUCCUGGGGGAUUGUAUUAUCAUCCGGCCAGUGGCAGCGCGUUUCACUCGAUCCACAAAGAGGGACAGCCCGUGGGCCAUCCUCAAGCCGGCGGCCAACAUCCUCAGCAUCACCUUCAUCCUCUUCAGCUCGAGUGGUUAGCGAGAACCGGUAUGCUGUAUCCGAGGCUGCCUGCUGAUCUCGCUGGAUGCGCAGCUCAACAUGCACUUUUGGGAAAAACUAGAAGGCCCAGAACAGCUUUUACUUCACAACAAUUGUUGGAACUGGAAAAACAAUUUCGACAAAAUAAAUAUCUCAGUAGACCGAAGAGGUUCGAAGUUGCCACGUCCCUAAUGCUGACUGAAACUCAGGUAAAGAUCUGGUUCCAAAAUAGAAGAAUGAAGUGGAAAAGAAGCAAAAAAGCUCAGCAAGAACCACGUACCAGCGGGAAAGUUGAUGACACCGGAAAUUCGCGAAGUUCGGAUCGUGACAUCGGAAAUGAUGUUUCACUAAACGUGUCUGGCACAACCGAAGAUUCGAGAGAAACCUCCCAAGAGAGUUCGAGAAACGUUUCUGAACUUCAGGAACCCCUUUAUCGUCCAUAUGUAGUGUAAAUUUGAUACAAAGUACAUUAAAAAAGAAAAUCUAAAAAUCUCGGUUUGAAAUAAACCAAUUUAGCAAAAUGUACGAUAAUGAAUGUGUGCUCAAUAACAAGAACUCGGUGUAAAAAUGUUAUUGA